UAUUGUGCACAGCCAAAUUUAAAUGUGAUGUUUGUGUUUACAAUGGACAAGCAAAAGUCAACCGCAAAAUAACGUAUUUUCUAAUAUAACGUGAGUUAACAAAGAACUGCUUAUCAAUGGCUUCUAUAGCAGACACCGACAGUUUGAGUGGCAUUGAACCUUUGGACAGUACAGCCACAUCCCCUCUUCUCAGUGCUCCCCCAAUCUCCGCCCAUCCUGACAACCUCUCCCCAGCCAGCCAGCUGUCCAGUCUCAGAACUUCUUUGGUCCAGUCUAGUACCCUUCUCAAGGGCAGUGAUGAGAAACCAGGAAAAGGUUUGGACUUGGAGGACAGUCCUGAAUUCAGACUCAGCAAUGUGUCAACAUUGACUCAAUCUUCCCUGGAGAAGCACAAUCUCUCCCAUCAUUAUUCCGAUAUGGAUGGCAAGAAAGAAACACAGGUUAAAGGACAGUCUUCCCUGCCAAGCACCCCUUAUUCCUCCAAACAGCAGGACUGGAAGCAACCACAGAGGCUUCUCGCAACGGCAGAUUACAAACACCAGUCUCAUUCCCAGACACAUCCGAAGUCCUGUCCAAGCCAAGACAUGUCCACACACCAGCACCAGACUGCGUCAGCAAACAGGCAGUUGUUCAACAGCCAACCAGCAAAGACGGCUUCAACAGCCAAAAACAAACGAGCUGGUUCCAGAAAGGAGCCACAUCCUCUAAAUGCUUUGUUGCAAAGUUCAGAGAUGUAUGACAAAGGCCAACAUGAUGGGAGUGCCCAUAAGCCGGAGGAUUAUUCCACAGUACAGGCCAAGUCUCUCAAUUCAAGCCUGUUACAAAGCUAUCACAGCAGUGACGUAAAACAAGCCACAUUGUCAAUGAACUACCGUCAAUCAAGUCAGAGGAUUGACAUGAGUAACACAAACUCUCGUGAUAAAACUCGUCAGAGUCAUAGUCAUGAUUUGCUCCCAAAACCAAGGAUUACCACAAGCGCUGAGAAAAGUUACCCAGAAAUUCAGGAAAUGGAAAAAGUGAGGCGGAGCUUGUAUCACAUGGUUCACAGCUCAGUGAGUCGUCCAACACUCGACCGAGACAGCCUCGAAUCCAAGCAGAGUGUUGGAGAAUUGCUGGCAGCCAACCACAGCGGAGCAGAGAGUGACUUCCCAAGGGAAUCAUUUGAAAGUGCUAGGACCGAAUCUUUACUGGGUCCGCAUGCUUACCAAGACGUCUCACCACUGACCAUGGACAGCGGUUUAGGGCUAUCCUCCUUGCGGAAUCUGAGCAACAUUCACGUCCCGCCACCACACGUUUCAUCGAGGGAUGGCACGCUGUUUACCGAGAAUCAGAUGCUGAAGGAUAGCCUGGAGAAGGAACGGUACAGGCGGAAGCACUGUGAGAAGGAGAUUGGUGACCUACAAGCCCAGCUGCUAGAGACUCAACAACAGCUGGCGAUAGAAGUCUCCACCAAUCGUAAGAAGGAUGCAAUGAUUGAACAGCUUGAUAAGACGCUGGCCAGGAUCGUGGAUGGUUGGAGGAAACAGGAACAGGAGAAAGAUGAAGCUCUUGAAACACUGACAAAUGAAAAAGAGGAAAUGUUGCAGGAGAUUGAUCAGCUCAGGAAGGCUCUGGAUGAAUGCCAGAAGGAGUUAGAACAGGCCAAGGAAAAGCUGAGCAGCGAACUGCAGCAAGCACUGCAGUUGCAGCGAGACACCGUGUCUCAAUUGGUCUCGCUUCAAGAAGACCAUUCGAAGCUUAAAGACCAACUAGUCUCCGAGCGGAAGCUGACAGCACAGGCCCAGCAUCAGAGGGACAACGCCAUUGAGGAGUGUCACCGCUUGGAGAAGCAAGUCAAGCAGGUGCAGCACAUGCUAGCAGAGGAGAGACAGCAGAGCCAGUCAGCAAGGAAAGACUUUCAGGCGAGGAUUGAGCACUUUGAGAAGGAACACCAGCAACUGUUGGAAAGACAAAAGGCUAAAAUUGCUGAAGACAAAAGGAACUCUGAACUGUUGUCUGCCACACAACAAGAACUGACUAAGCUAAAGGCUGAAUUUGAUGAUGCUGUAAAAGAUAGAGAAAACAUCCAUCUGGAGCUGAACCUUCAGCAGGCCCAAGCGGAAUCCGCCCAGCAGAAGCUGGAAGCCGAAUGGCAGGAGAAGCUGGAGAGGCUCGUGGAUGAUCGGCUGCGAGAGCUUCAGUUACAGAGCAGCAAGACGGAAGCCGAGCUACGGGAAGCUCACCGUAAGCAGCUCAGUGAGCUUCACAACCGGCAUCAGAACCAGCUACUGUCACAGAGGUCCACGCAUACCCAGGACCUGGCCCAGAGAGACAAGAAGACAGAAGAUCUCUCUCAACAGUAUAAGACAAGAUUGGAGCAGCAUCAUCAGGAUAUGGCACAGAUGACUCAACGUCUUAAGAAGGCUCAGCAACAGAGGUCAGUGCUGGUGCAAAGACUUCAAGGUGUCCAGGUCUAUUGCUCUGAUGUCCUGUCACAGGUGGCCAGUGCUUCACCGCUUAUUAAGCAGGAGCUAAGGUCAGGAAUGGAAACAGUGAGGGAAACAAGUCACACUUCCGAUACAGAGAGGACGCAGGGCGCCAGACUACAAGACAGCCCCAUCACCAUAUCUGUGUCACCACCCCGCAGGGGAGUUGGUGUUGGGGCCGGCAAUCUGGAUGAUAGUAAACAAGAGCACGAGGAUGGAGAUGGCCAAGAAGAUGAUGCCUUUCUUCUCCCACAUCUUUCCCUAGCAACCUCUGUUGCCUCCCAAAGCUUUCCCUCCACGAAUGCUUUCAGCUUCAUCACCGACACCUCCUUCAGGCCCAACCCCAUUGAUGCCGAGCCAGUCGGCCAGUCUGAAUAUUUUAACAUACCCACUGUCCAAGACACGACAGAUAAGGAAUUUUCUUGUAUGGAUCAAGGAAGAUUGCCGAACAGUGACGGACAAAUCAGAAAUGAUGGAGAUACUUCCGAGGUACUAAACAGGAUAGAACAGACUACAAAGGGCACACUGCAUGGAAAGCCUCAACAAACUCAAGAGUUUCAGUCCAGAUCUGCUCCUAAACCUGACUCAGGGUCAACAUCAUUUCUUGAGCCUUGGAGGAAAACAAAUGGCAUCCAAGACCCCAGUGCCCAAAUCCUACUGAACCGUCCUGAAUAUCCAUCAAGCAUCAUACUGGGGAAGCAACACCCCAACCAGGACUUGCAGGUUUCCAGUUCCAGAACCGAUGCAACACCUACCAAGGAACCAUCUCAGAGGAAAGGGCUUUACUUUUCCUCGGGGGAACUUAUCCCGAGCCAGGACCUGAUCUCUGAUGGCCUGCGGCUGCUGGAAAUGUCCCCUCCAUCAGGUCACAGCUCCCCGCUGCGAGAUCCUCCUGGAGAUCAAGCCGGGAUGACUCUUGAGGAGAUACUUCGAGCAACAAGGAGAGGUUGGGCUGGCCUUGGGGAGGGGACGAGGCAAGACAGACAGGACGACUUCAAAGAAUUUGGGGAGAUUGAGCCAUCAUUUGAUGAUACAAAAACCACAAAUUCUGUGGCAACUUAUCCCAGCGAAGACGAAACAGUCAGCGAACUGGAGUCGGGUCCAAUCCAUCCGGAGAGCACCAACAUCGUAUCAGCAAAACUUGCCGAGCACAAGCAGAGACAGUUAGCACUCCAGCAGUACAUACAGAUGCUCUUGCAGCAACCCCCUGGAACAAUGCCAGUGGAGGCAACAUCUCGUGGAACAGCUUUAACCAAGGAGACAGUCAGCAUCACCACUCAGAAACAAGCAGGCAUGACCACUUGGCAAGAGCUGGCUCCCCAGAACCACAAACAAGGGUCAGCCAGCACCAGAAACCCCCAGUUAUUACAGCCCGUAACAAACCGGGUGGCUCAUUCCCGCGGGAGUACCCAGCCAAGCCAGACACAGCCAGAUCAGAGGUCUAAAGCGAGAGGCAUUGGUGGUUGUGUUACCCCGAGGCAGGCUGUCGACAAGCCAGCAAGCACUGGAAAGACCAAAGGACCCAUUGCUGCUCAGCAGCCACAGAGCAGCAAAGCCGGGAGGCAUGGGCCGAGGACAGCCCCUGUGUCGAAACCCAACCGGCAGGUCUUUGCAGCCACGACGACAGGUCACAAAAAGAUCUUUCGGAAAGGAGCUCCAAGAAACUGAAAUGUUGUAAAAAAAUGUGCAGCGGGUCAAUCAAACACCUGUAAACUUUCGGACCAGUGUCACUGAAAUACCAGCUCCACGUUCUGGAGUUUGCAGUAGAUCUUGAAAUCAGGACUCAUGCUGACAGAAUGAUUCUGAGACAAAUUUGUAUUGUCAAUCUCCCUUCACAGUCGAUGUCCUCUGUUUUGUACUUUUUGACGUGUCCUUCCCAAACACUCUGAGAACGAACCAGCACACGACUUUAAGUACUUCAGAAUGGCUUACAUGUUCUCAUACCAAAUGCCAUGAUCUUUGUUUGAAAUUAAAUUUCAUGCUUAAGCUUCCAGGAGGGUGUUUUCAACCGUUUCAAAUUGGAAUGUGAUUCCAGCCUAGGAUUUGGACUAGUUUCAGGCCGACUUCAUUGCUCAUUGCUGCAUUGUUUUCACAAUACUUGUUGGCUGAUCAACACACACGUCUGCCGCAUCUACCUCAAAGGUUUUGUUUACUGAAACAUACUCCGGCUAAGUCGGGACUCAAGAAAUUAUGAUGACUUACGCGAAUGCCGACUUGUGCUGUGACCGAGUUGUCAUUUUGCUGACUUUUGCGUACACAUGUAUCGCCUAUGUACAUUAUGAAUCACUUAUAAUUCAAUGGCUUUGAUUUACCCUGGUUUAUUUCUGCCUCCAUGGUCGAUCCCAGCAAAUUUGUUCUCGAUUGUUAUCCUCACGGGAUGCAAAUUUGAUAAUUGAUCAUGUGCCCCUAAGGACGAAGCAUGGACGGCAAGCCACUUGCCUAUCACAUCACGA